AUGGCAUUGGGCAGGAGCAGGUUUUUGCCAUUCUGCCUGGCAGUCUUGACACUGACCUGCAGUCUGGCUGUGGGAGCCAGGGAGGUAGCCCUUGGAGGUGAUUCAGAAGCAGCUCAAUGGAGGGCAGGAAUGAGAAGGUUGACACAAGAUGGAACCCAGGGGCAAAUCGCGGAGUGGGUUGACGCGCCAUGCGGUCGGUUCCCGUACAUGGCUUCCCUGCGAACGAUGACAGGCGAACACCAGUGUGGGGGGGUGUUGGUGGACAAGAAGUGGGUGCUCACUGCUGCGCACUGUGUGGACAACUCUACGGCAUUGUACCCAUCGCAUGCGGUCUUGCUAGGACUCUGCAAUGGGGAUGAAGACAAGGGUACAGAGGCCUCUGGCCGCGUUGUUGAGCUUUUCAUGGGUGAAAAGAUUGUGAUCCAUCCAAACUACACCGGCACAACCCAGGAAGGAAACGACAUUGCCCUCAUAUUGCUCAAUCGGGAGUCGAAAAAUGUGCCUGUGAAUUUGGCAACCAACCCAAAUGAAUUGGUGAACAAACGGAAGGUUGCCGCCGUUGGCUUUGGCACAUCGAAUGUUGGUGGACCUUCUGACACGCUCAAGUUCACAAAUGAGUUGAGCAUCGUCCCAAACUCUGUGUGUGAGCUUUCGUGGGAGGGCGUCAUCCAGGACGCGAUGGUGUGUGCUAUUGGGCCAGAUGGUGUUCUGGACAUGUGCCCAGGGGACAGCGGUGGGCCGCUGCUGCUGCCCUUCCAACCUGGUGGGAAGGUGGAAGAUGGCGCGCCUGAAGUCGACAAGGUUGUGGGUGUCACAUCGUUUGGUGGGAAGAGAGCCUGCGGUGAGGCAGGGGGCCCGGCAGUGUACACUAGGGUGACGAGCUAUGCUGACUGGAUAGCGAGCGUCCUGGAGACAACGAAGGACAACACGUGCACAUGCGUAUGUCCCUCUGACGAAACUCAAGAGCCCGAGGCACCUAAUGGGGCUGUGGUACCUGAAGAACCUGAACAGCCAGCCUCGCUGGCGGCGGGGCCAGCCUCGCUGGCGGCGGGGCCAGCCUCGCUGGCGGCGGGGCCAGCCUCGCUGGCGGCGGGGCCAGCCUCGCUGGCGGCGGGGCCAGCCUCGCUGGCGGCGGGGCCAGCCUCGCUGGCGGCAGGGCCAGCCUUGGCACCUGCAGGGACUGAAGAGCCUGUACAACUUGAGGAGUCAGCAGACCCUGCUGCAGGGUCACCUGGUUCAUCGCCGAACUGUGUAUGCUCCGAGGAUGGUGUCAGUGCAGGCGUCCAGACCGGCUUUGGUGGAUGCACCAGGCGGCUGGAGGCCGGAGCUGCCCUUUGCUACGUGCAACCCAACCAGGGAGAUUGCCCUAUUGCCAGGAACUCCAGUCUUUUUCCCGGGGCGCUGUGGAUAUCUUGUGAGGACCGUCCCGGCCAAGGGCCUCCAGUGGUCCAGAAAAUCCCAAAGGAUGAGGCACGGGACUCUGCCCAGGUCAACAAGGCACUGCAAGAUGCUGCCUCGAGAGGGCAGGAGGCCAAGACGAGGGAGGCCCUCCUGGCGGGCGCAAACCCCGAAACGCCAUUCCGCAACGUCCCCAUCCUCCACACCGUAGCGUCCAUGGACUACGUGGUGGUGGGCACGGCCCUCAUCGAGGCGGGCGUGAACGUGGACUCCAAGGACACCAUGGACGGAUCCACUUCCCUGCACAAAGCCUCAGGCUGGGGCAACAUCGAUUUCGUGGCUCUGCUCAUCUCGGCGGGCGCCAACAGCACAAUAAGGAACAACGAUGGCAGGACGGCCCGGAGCAUGGCGUGCGAAUUCAACAUGGCGAACCCAAAAUGCCCGGGGGCGGAGAUCGUCCAACUCCUCGAUGCGCUUUAA